AUGUUGACUAGUACUGAGAGUGAUGAUAGUAGUACUACAUGUACUACAGACUGUGACGAUAGUAGUACUACAUGUACUACAGACUGUGACGAUAGUAGUGCUAGUACUGAGAGUGAUGAUAGUAGUACCACAUGUACUACAGACUGUGACGAUAGUAGUACUAGUACUGAGAGUGAUGAUAGUAGUACUACAUGUACUACAGACGGUGACGAUAGUAGUGCUAGUACUGAGAGUGAUGAUAGUAGUACCACAUGUACUACAGACUGUGACGAUAGUAGUACUAGUACUGAGAGUGAUGAUAGUAGUACCACAUGUACUACAGACUGUGACGAUAGUAGUACCACAUGUACAACAGACUGUGACGAUAGUAGUGCUAGUACUGAGAGUGAUGAUAGUAGUACUACAUGUACUACAGACGGUGACGAUAGUAGUACCACAUGUACUACAGACGGUGACGAUAGUAGUGCUAGUACUGAGAGUGAUGAUAGUAGUACUACAUGUACUACAGACUGUGACGAUAGUAGUACCACAUGUACUACAGACUGUGACGAUAGUAGUGCUAGUACUGAGAGUGAUGAUAGUAGUACCACAUGUACUACAGACUGUGACGAUAGUAGUGCUAGUACUGAGAGUGAUGAUAGUAGUACCACAUGUACUACAGACUGUGACGAUAGUAGUGCUAGUACUGAGAGUGAUGAUAGUAGUACUACAUGUACUACAGACGGUGACGAUAGUAGUGCUAGUACUGAGAGUGAUGAUAGUAGUACCACAUGUACUACAGACUGUGACGAUAGUAGUACCACAUGUACUACAGACGGUGACGAUAGUAGUGCUAGUACUGAGAGUGAUGAUAGUAGUACUACAUGUACUACAGACUGUGACGAUAGUAGUGCUAGUACUGAGAGUGAUGAUAGUAGUACUACAUGUACUACAGACGGUGACGAUAGUAGUGCUAGUACUGAGAGUGAUGAUAGUAGUACUACAUGUACUACAGACGGUGACGAUAGUAGUGCUAGUACUGAGAGUGAUGAUAGUAGUACCACAUGUACUACAGACGGUGACGAUAGUAGUGCUAGUACUGAGAGUGAUGAUAGUAGUACUACAUGUACUACAGAUGGUGACGAUAGUAGUGCUAGUACUGAGAGUGAUGAUAGUAGUACUACAUGUACUACAGACGGUGACGAUAGUAGUGCUAGUACUGAGAGUGAUGAUAGUAGUACUACAUGUACUACAGACUGUGACGAUAGUAGUGCUAGUACUGAGAGUGAUGAUAGUAGUACUACAUGUACUACAGAUGGUGACGAUAGUAGUGCUAGUACUGAGAGUGAUGAUAGUAGUACCACAUGUACUACAGACUGUGAUGAUAGUAGUGCUAGUACUGAGAGUGAUGAUAGUAGUACCACAUGUACUACAGACGGUGACGAUAGUAGUGCUAGUACUGAGAGUGAUGAUAGUAGUACCACAUGUACUACAGACGGUGACGAUAGUAGUGCUAGUACUGAGAGUGAUGAUAGUAGUACCACAUGUACUACAGACGGUGACGAUAGUAGUGCUAGUACUGAGAGUGAUGAUAGUAGUACUACAUGUACUACAGACUGUGACGAUAGUAGUACCACAUGUACUACAGACUGUGACGAUAGUAGUGCUAGUACUGACAACGUUGAUGGUAGUACUAAUACUGUACGGAUGUAUGUAUAA